AUGGACACCUCCCCAGCCCGUGCGCUCCUGUGCUGGGCGCUCCUGCUGCACUGGGGGCGCCUGGUUAGGGCAAGCCCAGCGGAGACCCUGGCGGGCGGACAGCUGGGGUGUCCGGCCCACUGUCAGUGCGAUCGGGACGGCAGGAUGCUGCUCAGGGUGGACUGCUCCGACCUGGGACUUACGGGAGUCCCAGCCAACCUCAGCGUCUCCACUUCUUACCUUGAUCUCAGUAUGAACAACAUCACUAAGCUGCCCCCAAACCCCCUGCACAAUCUCCGCUUCCUAGAAGAAUUGCGUCUCGCAGGAAAUGGGUUGACAGGCGUCCCCGAGGGAGCAUUCGCUGGUCUUUUCAGUCUUAAAGUGCUUAUGUUGCAGAAUAAUCAGCUAAGACAAGUCCCCGCAGAGGCUCUCCAGAAUUUGCGAAGUCUUCAAUCCCUGCGUUUGGAUGCUAACCAAAUCAACUAUGUCCCACCCAACUGCUUCAAUGGCCUCAUUUCCCUGAGACACCUGUGGCUAGAUGACAACUCUUUGACUGAAAUUCCUGUCCAGGCUUUCAGGAGCUUAUCAGCACUGCAGGCUAUGACCUUAGCUCUGAACAAGAUACAUCACAUACCAGACUAUGCCUUUGGAAACCUCUCCAGUUUGGUAGUACUACAUCUCCAUAACAAUAAGAUCUACUCCCUGGGAAAGAAAUGCUUUGAUGGGCUCCACAGCCUAGAGACUUUAGAUUUAAAUUACAAUAAUCUAGAUGAGUUCCCCACUGCAAUCAGGACACUCUCAAGUCUCAAAGAAUUGGGAUUUCAUAGCAACAAUAUCAAAUCAAUACCGGAGAAAGCAUUUGUAGGCAACCCUUCCCUUAUAACAAUACACUUCUAUGAUAAUCCAAUCCAACUUGUUGGGAAAUCUGCUUUUCAACAUUUACCUGAACUGAGAACACUGACUCUGAAUGGUGCUUCACAAAUUACUGAAUUUCCUGAUCUGAUGGGAACAACGAGUCUGGAAAGCCUGACCCUGACAGGAGCACAGAUCACCUCUCUUCCCCACACCGUCUGUGAUCAGUUACCUAAUCUCCAAGUGCUGGAUCUGUCUUACAACCUGAUAAAAGAUUUACCCUCCUUCUCUGUUUGCCAAAAACUGCAGAAAAUCGUCCUGCGUCAUAAUGAAAUCUCUGAAAUUAAGGCAGACACUUUCCAUCAGCUGAUUAUGCUUCAUUCACUGGAUCUAGCUUGGAACAAAAUUGUUACUAUUCACUCUAAUGCAUUCUCCUCUUUGCCUUCUCUGAUAAAGCUGGAUCUAUCAUCCAACCUUCUGUCGUCUUUUCCUGUGACUGGGUUACAUGGUUUAACUCACUUAAAAUUAACAGGAAAUCAUGCUUUGCAGAGUCUGAUAUCAUCUGAAAACUUUCCAGAACUCAAGUUAAUGGAAAUGCCUUAUGCUUACCAGUGCUGUGCAUUUGGGGCCUGUGAAACCCUCCACAAAAUUUCUAAUCAGUGGAAUAAAGGGGACAAUAGUAGUGUUGACGAAUUUCCCAAGAAAGAUGUUGGGAUGUUGCAUUUCCAAGACGAACGUGACUUAGAGGAUUUCCUCCUUGACUUUGAAGAAGACACAAAAGUCCAUCAUUUAGUGCAGUGUUCACCACCUCCAGGGCCCUUCAAACCAUGCGAACAUCUAUUUGGUAGCUGGUUAAUCAGAAUUGGAGUGUGGACCAUUGCGUUUUUGGCUUUCGUCUGUAAUGCUUUCGUGACCUCAACGAUCUUCAGAUCUCCGCUGUAUAUUUCCUCUAUAAAACUUUUAAUUGGAUUGAUAGCUGUGGUAAACACCCUAAUGGGUGUCUCCAGUGGUGUUUUGGCUAGUGUCGAUGCAUUAACUUUUGGCAGCUUUGCUCAAUAUGGGGCAUGGUGGGAGAGUGGAAUAGGUUGCCAAAUCACUGGCUUUCUGUCCAUUUUUGCUUCCGAGACGUCUGUUUUCCUACUUACUCUGGCAGCCCUUGAGCGUGGGUUCUCUGUAAAAUGUUCUGCAAAAUUUGAAAGCAAAGCAUCUUUCUCCAGUGUGAAAGCAAUAGUUGUGCUUUGCUUUCUGUUGGCCCUGACCAUCGCGACGAUUCCCCUGCUCUGUGGCAACGAAUAUAGUGUGUCUCCCCUGUGCUUGCCCCUGCCUUUUGGGGAGCCCAGCACUACCAGUUAUAUGGUGGCUCUGGUCUUGCUCAAUUCCCUCUGCUUCCUUGUGAUGAUCAUCACCUAUACUAAGCUCUACUGCAGUUUGGAAAAGGGAGAACUAGAAACUAUUUGGGACUGUGCAAUGGUAAAGCAUGUGGCUCUUUUACUCUUCACCAAUUGCAUUCUUUAUUGCCCCGUGGCCUUCUUGUCCUUUUCCUCUCUGCUAAACCUCACAUUCAUCAGUCCUGAAGUGAUCAAGUUUAUUCUCUUGGUGAUCGUCCCACUCCCUGCGUGUCUCAACCCUCUCCUCUAUAUUCUCUUCAAUCCCAAUUUCAAGGAAGACAUGGGGAACUUCCGAAAGCAAACAUUCUUGUGGAGAAGAGCAAAACACCCAAGUCUGAUCUCUAUCAACUCAGAAGAUGUCGAGAAACAGUCCUGUGAUUCAACCCAAGCCCUGGUCACCUUUGCCAGGAGCAACAGCUCUUAUGACCUGACUUCUUGUUCAAGAGGGCCAUCAUCUUAUCCAAUGACAGAAAGUCGGCGUCUUUCGUCCGUGACAUUUGUUCCUUGUCUCUAAUGUGAGUUGCAAGACAUAAAGAGAAAAUGUUUACAAAAUUUGCAAACCCCAGAGGGAAAGAUGGGACAGGGACAGGAGUGCGGUGUUCCUCAUGACUGUUCCAUGCUCCUGAGAGGUGGUAACUAAAAAGAGUUGAACUUAGUUCUUGAUCAAAAAAAAAAAAAAAAUCUCCCCUCAACCAGUGUGAGGAAAAAAAAAUUACAGAUCGACUGACAAUUUGGGAUGAAAAGUGAGUGUGAAGGCAUCUCAGAAUGCCAAUUUGAUUGCUUUUAUCAACAAAUGGGUGAUUUUCAACCAGUACACCACAAAGAGAAAAGUGAAUCCCUCUUCAAGGAUUCUCCUUAAUUUUAAUCUAUUUCUCCCUAAGCUCAUCCACAAAGAGUUUUAAAAGAAGACAUUUGCCCACAGAUUGGGUUCCAUAAACCCUAAAAUCCUCUAAAGCGUGGUUGAAGUGGGUUGGAGAAAAGAAGUUGAAAAAUCAUCUUUAUUACUGAGCAUAAGAUAUAACAAAGAGUAAUUUGAUUCUCCAGAUUUAUGCACAGAGAGCUUUGUCUCCCUUUUGCCUUUCCUACCUACAACAGGGUUCUUUCAGAUCAUUAAUCUGCCUGGGGAGGAUGUUAUUAGAAUGAUCACAUUUGGAGGCUAUUUUAUACAUCAUUCUCUUUUACCUUUUCAGGCGCUAGUUUCUCUUUUAAAAGCCAGUUCACCCUCCAG